AUGAUAGCGGUGGGCGUGGCGGAGCCAGCGCUGGCGGAGCCCGAGGCGGUGCCGCCGCCCGAGCCCCCGGAGCGGCUGCUAGCGCUGGGCCCGCUGCACGUGAGCGCGGACGCGGUGGCCGGCGCGGAGGAGUGCGCGCGCUACUUCCCGCCCGGCUACACCGAGCCCGAGCACAAACCCAAGCCCAAGUCCAGGAAGAAGAAGAAGAAGCGUCACGAAACGAAAGACCCGGACGAGAGCCCGGAGGCCGCCAACGGCACGCCGGAGGAGAACGACGCGGACGCGUCCGGCGACGCGGGCGGGGACGACGGGGAGGGCGGGGCGGACGGCGACGGCGACGAGGGCGAGGGCGGGGCGGACGAGGGGGAGGGCGGGGCGGACGAGGGGGAGGCGGGAGCGGACGACGCGCGCGCCGACAAGGCCACCUCCCCGCCGCCCGCCACGUGA